UUAAGACGUCUUUGUAAAUAACUCCACAAUAAUAUAAAACCACUUUUGAGUUUGUGAAAAAAGUGAUAAUUGUCUUUGGAAUUGUGGAGAUAGUUCGAAGUUUAAAUACUGUGUUCUGAAUAGUAUGUUCGAUAAUUUGAAGGAGCAUUUCCAAUUAAAAUGGCGCCAAUACUUAGCGGCAUCGUUAGCAAGCUACGGGAGUCUGUGCACGGGAAUGGCAAUGGGCUGGACGUCCCCCGUACUUCCGCAGCUGCAGCGGCUCGACAGUUCGCCGCUGCCCCGAGUGCCGACACUGCAAGAGGAGUCCUGGGUAGCCUCGCUGCUAGUGCUCGGAGGACUCUUGGGGCCUCUAAUAACCGUCCCCCUGUCCCGCCUGGUGGGGCGGCGCUGGAUAAUCAUGGGCGCCAACAUCCCCCUGCUACUCGGGUGGCUCCUGGCUGGCGUUACCACUAACCUGGCAACAUUGUACGUCGCUCGGAUCAUGUGGGGCUGUGCCACGGGGAUGAUGUUCGCAACCGUGCCUAUUUAUAUAGGGGAGAUUUCUGAGGACAAAAUCCGCGGCGCUCUCAGCGCGUUCUUCCUACUCUUCAUCAACGUGGGUUUCCUGCUCGCCUACGCCAUCGGGCCGUUCACCUCCUACUGGGGACUGACGGCUACGGGGGGCAUACUGUCGCUGCUGUACUUGCCUUGUACCUGGUUCAUACCGGAGACGCCUUUCUAUUUGGUUUACAAAGGAGACUUAGAAGGAGCGUCUUCAACCCUCCAAUCUCUCCGCGGCACGUCCAAAGCCGCGGUUCAAGCGGAGCUGGACGGCUUGCAGGCGGUAGUGACGCGAGAGUACAAGGACCCGCCAAAGAUACAGGACCUCUGGGCUUCUAGGGGAAACGUUAAGGCUUUGGGUAUCUGCGUAUUCCUCGCGAUGUUACUGCAACUGUCCGGUAUAGAUGUGCUGCUGUUCUACAUGGAGGAACUUCUCUCAAAGGUCGGCACCAGUCUGUCGCCUUCUGAUGGAACCAUCAUUAUGGGAGUUGUGCAGGUGGUGACGAGUUGUAUCACACCGCUGGUUGUGGACCGUCUUGGAAGGAAACUACUGAUGUGGACCACGUCACUUGGACUCACUAUAUUCUUGACUCUGAUCGGCGUGUACGCGCUGAUGGACUCGUACUACAAGUACGACGUGACUUCCAUCGCGUUCCUGCCGCUGCUGUGUCUCAUCGUCUACAUGAUACUCUUCACUUUGGGUGUGGGUCCAGUACCAUGGAUCUUGGUGGCAGAGAUGUUCCCCGUGAAGACCAAGUGCUUGGCAGGAGGUAUCUGUUCCUUCAUGUGCUGGCUCGCUGGCUUUGUGUGGACUAGAUUUUUCCGCGACGUAGCGGCCUCCUACGGUAUUUACACAGCGUUCUGGAUCCUAGCUGUGUGCUGUGGCAUCGGGUUUAUAUUCUCCGCCACAUUGCUGCCCGAGACUAAAGGCAAGACCUUCGAUGAGAUACAGGAUAUGCUUAAUAAUAGAACUAAGGAGGACAAACCAGUAGACGUAUAGAAUCUCCAAUCAUAGACAAUAAAAAGUUUCUAGUUUUAAGUCUCUUGUAAUCAGCUGUUAUUCGAAAUAAAUUAUUACAAAAAAACGUGA